CCUAAUCAAUUGCAGUCAAUAUUAAUUAUCCUUUGUCUACAAAUAGAUCAGAUGAUUUCUUGCCCAUACCCAUUUGAGCAUUUAAAUUCGUUGGACGCUUUCUUGCUCACCUGCCUAUGUGAGAACAAGUUCAUUGAAUUCAUUCUUGCUACCAGGUUCUCAUGGAUCCAAUCAAUUUUGCUUCAUCAAUAUACUCUGUAGCUGCAGGAAUUCUCUUGCUGAUAAUCAUCAUUUUUCUGAAGCAGAAGAGUAAGAGGAGUUUGUCAUUACCAUUACCACCAGGUCCUCCUGGAUGGCCCUUCAUUGGAAACCUCCUUCAGCUUGGGGACAAACCCCACCAAUCUCUUCACCUGCUUGCAAAAAAAUAUGGGCCUCUGAUGACAAUCAGAUUGGGCAGACAGACAACUCUGGUUGUGUCAUCUUCAUCCAUGGCAAGGGAAGUACUAAAGAACAAUGAUCAGAGCUUCUCAAGCAGGACAACUAAUACAGCUGUAAGGGUAUUUGCCUACCAGGGGACUAGUUUAGUAUGGAGUCCUUAUGGUCCUCGAUGGCGCUUGCUUAGAAAGAUCUGCAACACAGAGAUUUUUAGUACCAAAAGGCUGGAUACUCUGCAGCAUUUGAGAAGAGAGGAGGUAUUUACAGCUAUUGAUUACAUCUUGAAGGAUUCUAAAAAGGGGAAUAUUGUAAAUAUUGGUGAAAGGGCUUUUAUGAUUUCUCUAGGCCUUGUAGGUAAGAUGGUUUACAGCAAAAAAGUAUUUGAAACAGGCUCUGCACAAGCUGCAGAGUUUAAGGACAUGGUAUGGGAAGUCCUGAAGUUGUCAGGGGUUCCGAAUAUAUCUGACUUUGUUCCUUUUCUAGGGAGGUUUGAUCUUCAGGGGCUGAAUAGUAAAACUAAGAUUUUGGCCCAGCGUUUUGAUGGCAUGUUUAACAGAAUUAUUGAGGAGCGACUAGCACAGAGGAGUCAUACACAGUGCAACAUCAAUGGAGUGAAGGAUUUUCUGGAUGUAAUGUUGGAUUUGAGAGAUGAUGGUACACAACUUACACUGGAGAACAUCAAAGGAAUGCUCAUGGACAUGUUUGUUGCAGGGACCGACACAACUUCAGCAACAAUUGAAUGGACAAUGACAGAGCUUCUGAGAAACCCAACAGUGAUGAGAAAAGUCCAAGCAGAGCUAGAUGAUGUUGUGGGUGUGGAGAGAAGAAUGGAGGAGGCAGACAUAGCAAAUCUUCCAUAUCUCCGAGCUGUAGUGAAAGAAGUGUUCCGAUUACACCCUGCAGCCCCAUUGAACAUUCCUAGAAGAGCGGAUAAGUCUUGUGAGAUUAGUGGGUACCUUGUUCCAGAGAAUACCCAGGUAUUUGUGAACAUAUGGGCUAUUGGGAGGGAUCCCAGUGUGUGGAGAGAUCCUUUAAAUUUUAAUCCUGAUAGGUUUUUGGAAUCUGACAUUGACUAUAAAGGCCAGGAUUUUGAACUGCUACCAUUUGGGGCAGGAAGAAGGAUAUGCAUUGGGCUUCCGUUGGCACACAAAAUGGUUCAUUUGGUGGUGGGAUCGUUGCUACAAGCCUUCAAUUGGUCCAUUCCCAUGGACAAUGAAGCAAGUAUUGAUAUGUCUGAGAUAUUUGGCAUAACUCUGCAAAAAGCUGUGCCACUUACAGCUAUUCCUACCCCAAGAAACAACAUCAAGUUUUAUUGUUGAAAAUUACAGAGCUUUCUAAUGUUCACAUUUGAUUGUUCUUAUUGUAUUCAAAGCUAUUCUAAAUAUUUUUAUUAUGGUUUAUAUAUAAAACCUGUAGAAUCAUGUAGCUAGUCGAUAUGGAAGUAUGAGUUUUAAAAUAAGAUUUCUUUGGUUGAGUCAAAAAUUGGGGUAUACAUUCUGUCAAAAUAGUCUAGAGCAUAAUCAUGGUUGUAUUCUUAGAGUGUUGAGGCCUUGCAUUCAUCAAGACUCAAUAUUUGGCACCCAUUCAGAACAAGGUUGAACAACA